GUGCCCGAGGUAUAUUGGGCAGACGACCGCGACAAUGAUACAAUUGACACCAACAACGUCGCAAACAACGAUGCAAACCUAGCGCAGUACACCUUUUACCGCGAGGGCACUCCGACGCCACCUGAAUUCGACGGCAGAGAGAAGGAGCCGCUGGGCCAUGGCGCGGCCGCAGGAGUGGGCGCUGGAGUUGCCGGCCAAGAAGAUGCUUUGGAUGCUGGCUGCACUGGCUGCCCUCCUCCUGAUUGGCAUAGCCGUGGGAGUCGGCGUCGGCGUUGGACUCUCGAAAAAGCGCGCCAACGACGAGUCUUUGGCCAUGUCAAGGUCCGUCCAAACCUGAGUAUGCGCAUGUGCGCUUCUAUUGUCUCGGAUUGCCCUGCCGCGAAUAACACCAUAUAUCAGGUCCCGGGCUCGACUAAGUCGUUCUUGCGCCUCUGUGGCGUCGACUAUAGCGGCUCGGGCGCGACAGAUAUUCUCAACGUUACCACAACAAAUAUGGCCCAGUGCAUGGAUCGGUGUGCAACGCUGGACAAAUGCACAGGCUGCGGAUGGGGGUUCAUCGCCGGAGACGUCGGCGAUGCGCAUCGUUGCUGGAUGAAGACGGCCUUGAAGACCGGGCACGAGGCGACGACGGACUGGUGUUUUGCCAUAUUACGGUGACAUGCUUUCCUGCCACCAACCAUGCCAUCCACGCUCGCUCGAUUUCUUACGCCUCCACAUGAUAGAAAACAACACUAGAUACCCCGGCCUAUAUAGGUACACGAUCCAUGAUCUCACUGAUACAUAUUACUCGCAUAUAAUACAUAGUUAAUUGCCAUUCUUAAAACCAUGUCCCGACUACUUUAGGCCGUAGCGUAUUCAUC